GUUCUGGCACGGAGACGUCACAUCCGCUACUCCUGUUGACAGACAGUAGCAGAGCGCUUCCGGUCAUGUCAGGCACCGUCGUGUUUUCAUGAAAUAUUGGAUCAUAUCAUAUGUAUGCGUUUAUAAAUGAUAUUUAUUGAGGAAGAUUCUACAUAACUCCCGCUUGCAGAGCGCGCGCUGUGAGCCGCCGAUGAGAUGAUUGACGUGUGCGACUCAUAAUCAGAUCAGAUAUUGAUGAAGAUGAUGAAGAGGAGGAGCAGAGCGAGUAAACGAGCGAAGAUUGAUGCACGCGCAGCGGACUCACGUGACGCGGACACCGGCCGGAUGAGCACGGGCUUCUGUCGACUGUGUCAUGGGAAGUUCUCCACGCGGCGGCUGCGGCAGGCGUUUGCGCAGCUGCAGGACGAGUCGUGCGGCGUCUAUCCGCUCUUCUGCUCCGACUUCCAGCAGCUCCUCGGGGUUCCCAUGGAGCGAGAUCCCGCUCUGUCCCAGUUCAUCUGCAACAGCUGCCACGCCCAGUUCUACAAGUGCCACAGCAUCCUGCUGGACUUCAGGAACAGGGUCAACCUGACGCCCCUCACCAGAGACAGGAGCAGCACUGAACGCUCGUCCUCUCAAGAAGACAUCGCUUUAUUCCGUUCACACAUCACGUCGGACAGAAGCUGUCUGCACAAUCUGGUGUCAUGGACUCACAGUCACGCGGAGGGCUGCCGUUCCUGCCCUGACCUGCAGGAGGUGCUGGAGGGCCAAUGCAGAGGCGCUCUGAAGCUGGUGUGGGCAUGUGUGGACGGUCACAGUUACGUGAUGGACACCAGACCAAACGCUGAGACUCAAUGUGACGACACAGCAAAAGCGAACAGUGAGCAGCAGCGAUCCGGGUGUAGAACUAACAGCGUCCACACGGCGAGAUCAGGUGAAGCCGCUGCGCCUCAGAAUCACAGCGGGACACCAGACACACGGUCCUGUGAGGAGACGGCCACUCCUGUAGCACCGCUGCUCAUGGACGGAGAUGAUGCGGACAGUGACCUCUCAGACAGGAACAUGUUGAGUGACGAGGAGUGUGAGGACAGGAGGAAGAGCGGCUCAUCUGAAGACAGCUCUGAUCUGAACCCUGACAAACGUUCUUCAAAGAGGAAAGAGACCAAGACACUGGAGCCCAAAGCCAGGAGGAAACCUGGACCAAAGCCUGGCUGGAAGAACAGCAUCAAGGCAGAGCGAGAGGAGCUGCCCACCAUCUACAAGUGUCCUCAUCAGGGCUGCACGGCUGUGUACCGAGGAGCCGACGGCAUGAAGAAACACAUAAAGGAGCAUCACGAGGAGGUGCGGGAGAGACCCUGUCCACAUCCCGGCUGCAACAAGGUCUUCAUGAUCGACAGAUACCUGCAGAGACACGUCAAGCUCAUCCACACAGAGGUGAGGAACUACAUCUGUGACCAGUGCGGCCAGACGUUCAAGCAGAGGAAACAUCUGUCCGUUCAUCAGAUGCGUCACUCCGGAGCCAAACCGCUGCAGUGCGAGGUGUGCGGCUUCCAGUGCCGGCAGCGGGCGUCCCUCAAGUACCACAUGACCAAGCACAAGGCCGAGGCUGACCUGGAGUUCGCCUGCGUGAUAUGCAGCAAGCGCUUCGAGAAGGCGCACAAUCUGAACGUGCACAUGUCUAUGGUUCAUCCUCUCAUGCAGGGCGGCAGUGUUCCCGCUCCGCAGGAUUCAGCUCAGACGGACCCGCGCCCAUCCGACAUCAGCUGUGUGCUGGACGGCCUGACGGACCGCCCCGUAUAGAGCAGAUCCGGACACGGCCUCUCUUCAGAUGAGCGUGUGAUCAGAGACACAUCCAGAAACACUGGAAUAGGCCUGUGAAUGAUCUUGAGCUCAUCACGUGUGUAAAUGUCCCAUCAGCACCUGCUCAGGGCUCUCUUCCAAACCACACUGAGCUGCUUUAUUAGGGUACGUUUUAAGUAAACAGGUUUUUUGCUCACUUCUGGCACAGAUAUAAUAUUGUUUUUAAACACAAGAUCUGAUUUUUCCAUAUCCAUUCUGAACCAUUUCUAAAUGUGGUUUUAAACCUGAUACAUAUCCAAUAUCUGGACAUCUAACCAACAUCUAAACACAUAUCCCAUUCCCGUUGGAGUUACAAGCCUCUGCAAGGCAAGGGAAACGCAUUUACCCACCAAGAUGACUUUUCUAAUGUCAUGUCAUGUCAUGUCAUGCCUGUGUGCGCUUGCACUAAAGCCAGUGGCUCCUUUUGAGGCGGAAGCUUUGUGUGUAAGAGAUUGUGCGCACACAGAAACUUGUUUGAAGCUGCUGUCUCGUGGAUUUUAUAAAUAAAAACAACUACUGAUCUACAUUAUGUUUCAGCAAAUACGUCACUUUUAUUGAAGUAAUUUAACAGCUUCAGUAUGAGACGCCGCAGACGCAAGUAAUUCACACGCACAAUCUCUCUUAAUUUAAAUAAAUGCAAUCAUACAGCGCUACUUUAUUUCACCUCAGAAUUCUAAAUCUAACGACCCGUAGAUAAAAUACCUAGUGAAAACUAUUGUUAUUUCUAUCCAUAAAGUCAAAUUUUGCACUGCAAACAUCAAUGAGAGCUUUAAGGUUUCAGUGCUGUCAAGAGAUCAUGGCUUAAUCAGAUCUGGUGUGCAUUAACGUCAAAGAACCACCUGACGUGAAUGACAUAAAUCAUUUUUAUAUACAGCCAAUUUGCUGAAAAUGAUCGCCACUGGAAUUACUCUAGUUUGAGCAGGGAUUAAUGUAAACACAGAUAUCAGUUUUACUCGCUCAUAAGCUGAAGAACACUGAGCCAAAGGCAAUAUUUUAUUCUCACAAGCUGCACACAAAACCACACAUGCAGCAGAACCUGUGGCAGGAAGCUAGUUGAACAAACUCAGUUUGAGAGUAGGUUUAGUGUUGGCCGGUUCACAGCGCUCACUAUAAAUGCUCCAUAAUCUCAGGGUUUGAUCCAGAGUUUGAUGAACAUGUGAUUCACUUCUCUGCUGACCAUUAGGAGACUGUUAUGAAAAAUAUACAAUUUUAAAAGCUUUACAUAUUCUAAAACUUUGAUUUAUAUACAUAUAUUAUAUUUAAAAGUUGAAUAUUAACUUAAAAUAUAAUUGCUUGUGUGUAGUGUAUUAAGGAUAUAAAAUACAUCUAGAUAAUUAGCAGCAAACGCCGGGUGAUGUCCGUCACUGUGAGCUGCUGAAGUCUGGAGCAGGAGGUGCAGUGGGCGUGGCUUCGCUGCAUCACUGGCAGCUGAUUGGUUUGUUCUGGUCUUUUUCUCGGCAGCAGCUCACUGGAGUUUGGAACAGAGCUCAGGAGAGUCAGAGGUGAGAGCUCAUUGUGGUUUAUUGUUACACUCAGUCAAACACACAAAAGUCCCUUCAUAACGUGAAGAACGUCUGUUUACUGAGAAUCACAUCCGCUACUGACAUUGUCACCUGUCAUUUCUCAUGUGAAGUGUGCGAGGGCCGCUGAUAUUUCUGCAUCCAGCUGCUCGUAUUCUGAGCACAGCUGUGGGAGAAACACAGACAUCAGGAACUGAAGCGGCUCAAACACACAGAUCUGCACUGAUUCAUCAUUAACCAUCAUGAACAUGUCACAUAUGAAGCGGCUUGUUAUAGGGUUUGUGUUUUAAUGUGUCCAUAAUAAACAAAUACAUUCAGUUUUA